UUCUCCAUCAGUUUAUUCUUUCUUUCUUUCUACAAAACCAUUCGCCUGAAAAGUGUUUCCCAAAAAUGUCUGGGCGAGGAAAGGGAGGCAAGGGUUUGGGAAAGGGAGGAGCGAAGAGGCAUAGGAAAGUCCUGAGGGAUAACAUCCAGGGUAUCACCAAACCCGCCAUUCGCCGUCUGGCUCGCAGGGGUGGUGUCAAGAGGAUAAGUGGCUUGAUCUAUGAGGAGACAAGAGGCGUCUUGAAGAUUUUCCUGGAAAACGUGAUUCGUGAUGCCGUAACCUACACUGAGCAUGCCAGGAGAAAGACGGUCACUGCUAUGGAUGUUGUUUAUGCCUUGAAAAGGCAGGGCAGGACUCUCUAUGGUUUUGGUGGUUAGGUUUGUUCUUUCUAUAGCAUUUGCCUUAUUAUGGCGUUAGAUUGAGUUCAGAUUUGGUUGAUAUAGUUGUUUUAGAAUUAGAUUGUUGAUUCGCUUGUAAUUUGUAAACUCUAAUUUCAAGUAAUAGAAUAUUGCUCAACGU